CAAAGCAUUCUAUCACUUGCUACACUUUCUUUUCUACUCUUCCACCUUGAGAAUGGAAAUUAGUUUUAAGCACCAACUUAGCCUUGCUUGUGUCAUACUACUUUUGCCUGCACUGUGUAGCUCACAGGACUCCUUCACGGACUCCAGAGCAACGUAUUAUGGUAGCCCUGAUUGCUAUGGGAAUCCAAGGGGAGCUUGUGGCUUUGGCGAAUAUGGAAGGACGGUGAAUGAUGGAAGUGUGGCAGGUGUGUCUAGGCUAUGGAGGAAUGGAAGUGGCUGUGGUGCAUGCUACCAGGCAAGGUGCAAAAUACCACAAUAUUGUGAUGAAAAUGGAGCAUACGUGGUGGUAACAGAUUAUGGUGAGGGAGACAGAACAGACUUCAUCAUGAGUCCACGCGCAUACUCAAGAUUGGGACGCAACGCAGAUGCAUCAGCAGAGUUGUUCAAAUACGGUGUAGUUGAUAUUCAAUACAGAAGGGUACCCUGCAGAUACACUGGCUAUAACGUCGUGUAUAAGGUCCAUGAACACAGCAGAAACCCUGACUACUUUGCUGUCGUCAUUCUCUAUGUAGAUGGAACAUACGACGUCAAUGCUGUCCAAUUGUUUCAGCAAGACUGCCAAGAAUGGAAGCCAAUGCGUAGGGCCUUUGGGGCAGUGUUUGACUAUAGCAACCCUCCAAGUGGAGAACUGUACUUGAGGUUCCAAGUGAGUGGCAAUGCAGGGCUUUAUUGGGUGCAGUCCAACAAUGCUGUCUCUAGUGAUUGGAAGGCUGGAGCAACAUAUGACACCAUGGUUCAGCUUAAUUAGAAACAAAAUAGCACUUGAGAUCCCGGGAACAGAUUAGAUAUAGAUAGGCACCGGUAUUCAAUUUGUUCUAAUUAGUGUCACUCUAAGAAUGUUUGUGUGUCUCUGGUCUUGGGGAAUAAAAUAAUGAGGAUUCAUGUAUUUUUCCAUCUUAGACUACGUGAAUUUGAAUAAAAUAAAUGUAGCACCCUUUGGUAUGUGGCUGCCAUUGCUUUAA